UCAACGGAAGUGACGCGAUACGCACUGACGUGGCCGGAAAUCCGCCAUCUUGAAGGAGGAAACGCCUCAGAGUUAAAGAGGAAACUUAUACCCUGUUGUCCUUAAGGAGGAAGAGGCUGUUGAUUUCUUUAGUUUUCUGGUCCGUUUCAGCAAAGGGAAACAACAUCUGACAAAAUGGGCAAUAUAUUUGCAAACCUAUUUAAAGUCUUUGGCAAGAAAGAGAUGAGAAUUCUCAUGGUGGGGCUUGAUGCUGCUGGAAAAACGACUAUUCUUUACAAACUGAAGCUGGGGGAAAUAGUUACCACAAUUCCAACUAUCGGUUUUAACGUUGAAACUGUGGAGUACAAGAAUAUAAGUUUCACUGUUUGGGACGUUGGCGGUCAAGAUAAAAUUCGACCACUGUGGCGUCAUUACUUCCAAAACACACAAGGUCUGAUCUUUGUGGUUGAUAGCAAUGACAGAGAGCGUGUGAAUGAGGCGCGAGAGGAACUCAUGAGAAUGUUGGCUGAAGAUGAGCUCAGGGAAGCCGUCCUGCUAGUGUUCGCCAACAAACAGGACUUACCGAACGCCAUGAACGCUGCCGAAAUCACGGAUAAGCUGGGGCUUCACUCACUCCGGCACAGGAACUGGUACAUUCAGGCCGCGUGUGCCACCAGCGGCGAUGGCCUUUAUGAAGGACUCGACUGGUUGUCCAACCAACUGAAAAACCAGAAAUAAUCACCUCACUCUUCUGUCCUUUCUUUUUAGACCUUCUCAACACUUGCUUUACUCUUAUGUUUUUAAACAGACGGUGCUGGAAGCUGCAUUUGUUUCAUAUCUGAUUAAUGCAGAAGCCCUACAUGGGGAUACGAUGCGUCGCUCUCGUGUUUAAUGGACAUAGCUAUGUUUUUUGCUAUGAGGCAGCUGUCUGAGCACCAUUAUGCAAUGUAGACUUAAACUUUCAUCGUUUCUUUCCAUCUUUUUCCUGUUUAUUUUUGAGUCAUCGGGACUUUUACGAACACCGGUCAGAUCUUAUUCGAAUCUUGCACACGUAUUAUGUUAUUGUGCUUAUAUCAUGACUGUCUCUUACAUGUACUGUAAACAGCUGUUUUGUGCGUCUCAAACCAAGUACAGGAAAUUCAACUGUGUGGACACUACCUGAUCAAUUUAGAGAAAGAGAAGCCAAAAACGAUUACACUGUUUCUUUGGCAAGCAUUGACAUGACCUCAAGCUUUACUGUCAGGAGCUAUAGGUAUGAUGUAUAUUAAGCCGGCUAUACACAAAUGCUCAUCUCAUACGUUGUUUUCUGUCUUAUCAAACUCUCAAUACACAGCUGUAAACUUUUUGUGCAUGGGAGAACUCGAUGUGGCUCAGGUUAAUCAUGGUUUGUAGCAUGGUGAAUCUCAUAAAACAUCAAGAAUAUGUCCAGGUCACAUUUUACUUAAAUUAUUUUUAGCUUUAUCUUUUAAUCUGUUUUGUGACAUUUUACCCACACCAUCUAUUUUCACUGUAAUCUGUAAUCUUUCACGCUGACCUGUACAUGUUUUUGUUAGAUUUACUUUGUAAAAGAAACUGAAGCAUUGAAUGCACCUAUGAUUAAAGUUAUAUAGCAAAAAUACAAAAAAAUCAUAUUGUUUUGAGAUGUUCAUGUGUGCUUCAACAAAUGUUGGGGGUUUAAGAGUCUUCCUAAUGUACACGUGAACUGGUAAAGUCUAACCUCCACUAGAAUUAACAAUAACAAACUCAUCUAAAAAAAUCAGUUAAAAAGAUAAUCUCAUGUGUGGUGCAGAACAACAAGUCUCUCAUAUGAAUGUUAAGAAACAAUAUGACAGUCGUUUGAACAUUUUGUUUUAUAUACAGUAGUCUACUUUUUAAGAGUAGCCCCUGGUGCCUUUAUGGUCUACAGAGACACCCAUUUACUGUAAGUUAUACAACGUUCAUGUCCACUCGCAUGUUCUUUGUUAAAGCAAUGUUAGGGGCUGAUGGCUUAAAAGCCACUGUACAAUUAUUUAUCUUAAUUUUCUUUUUCCUUAUUAACCUUUUAUUUGAUAGACACUGAUUCAUUGGGGUCGAAAACUGUAUGUGAAUCUGAUAGUGUGACUCUUAACGUAAAUGUCUUUUGUCAGAAAUGCACUGUAAUUAAAGAUUUACUGUACAACUGGA